AACACAUAGGGUCCGUCUUACAUUCAAGCAUCGCACAGCUUUUGUGCUGUUUUACCGAGGAAUAGGCCUAUACGACAUGGACAUGGAAACAAUAUCAACAUUUGCGAAGAAACUUUGGUGCGUCAAGAAACAACUUAUUAUUUUCCUCACUCCACUUAUUUUUCUUCCUUUACUUUUUGGUUUACCGGAAAAGGAGGGGAAAUGUCUGUAUGUGGUGCUACUGAUGGCUGUGUUCUGGUGCACGGAGGCCCUUCCCUUAGCUGUCACCGCCAUGCUACCUGUUUGCCUCUUUCCAACAAUGGGAAUCCUUCAAUCAAAAAUCGUCUGCCCCCAGUAUUUCCUCGAUACCAAUUUUCUUUUUCUCAGUGGUCUUGUGAUGGCAUCAGCUAUCGAAGAAUGGGGUCUACACCGCAGAAUAGCUCUGAAAGUUCUUAAAAUUGUUGGAGUCAAACCAGCCUGGUUAAUUUUGGGAAUGAUGAUCACCUCUGCAUUUCUGUCCAUGUGGCUCAGCAACACAGCAACAACAGCCAUGAUGCUUCCUAUAGCUAACGCCAUCCUGGAGAGCCUCUUUGGAGACCUGGCCACUCUGAAGGAGAAUUGUAAGCUGAAAGAUGAGACAGAAGGUCUACCACAAAUUAAGCUGCAUGCACUCUCUUCCGAAAAACAGAUGUUGUCUAUAGACGGACCUGAUGGGAUGGAGUGGUCUAAUAGGAGGACUACAGAGGAGAUCCGGACAGAGUCAGAGUACCAGAUGAAGGUGUGGAAGGGCUUCAUGAUCUGUAUCCCAUACGCUGCUAGUAUCGGAGGGACUGCCACCCUGACAGGCACAGCACCAAACCUCAUUCUCAUCGGCCAGCUUAAAAGUUACUUUCCAGAGUGCGACCUGAUAAAUUUUGGCUCUUGGUUUGCAUUCUCAUUUCCUCUAAUGGUGCUGUUCCUCAUUUUGUCAUGGCUGUGGAUUUCUUUCCUCUAUGGCGGCCUGAAUACACGGUUGUGUGUGAGGAAACAGGACGAAAGAGCACAAGCAGAGAGAAAAGCUCAGGCUGUUAUUGAGGAUGACUACAGAAAACUAGGCCCCAUAAAUUUUGCUGAAGGAGCCAUUGGAUUCUUUUUCAUUUUGUUUGCAGUUCUCUUGUUCACAAGAGAUCCCAAAUUUGUAACUGGAUGGUCCAAAUUUUUCAACAAAGGGUAUGUAUCGGACGCCACCACGGGAGUGAUCAUUGUGUCAAUCCUCUUCAUCUUCCCCUCACAAAAACCCUCCCUUAGCUGGUGGUUUGAUUCUAGAGCAUCAAACACUUCAUAUGUUCCUCUCCUGUCAUGGAGGAAAGCACAAGAAUGUGUCCCGUGGAACAUCAUCCUGUUACUCGGUGGAGGCUUUGCCAUGGCCAAGGGGUGUGAGGAGUCUGGACUGGCGGCUUGGCUGGGAUCCUACCUUCAGCCUAUUGCCCAGGUGCCCCCUGCUGUAGCCGUCAUGUUCAUCACAGCUUUCGUGGCGUGUUUCACGGAGUUCGCCAGCAACACCGCCACCAUUAUCAUAUUCCUGCCUGUCAUCGCUGAACUGGCUAUGUUUGUGAAUGUAAAUCCUCUUUACUUUAUGAUACCGGCAACAAUAGGAUGUUCAUUCGCCUUCAUGUUGCCAGUCUCGACCCCUCCUAACUCCAUUGCCUUUGCAUCUGGUCAUCUCCUGGUGAAGGACAUGGUGAAAACCGGCUUUGUAAUGAACAUUCUGGGCAUUUUAUCAGUUUCUCUAGCCAUAAACACUUGGGGCCGUGCCAUGUUCAGUUUGGAGACCUAUCCAGAUUGGGCACGUCAAGAAAACAUGUCCAGUACAGUUCCCCAUGUACAGUUCCCCUCUGUCUCACCUUUUAACCUCACUGGUUUGUGAUACACUGCAUGCCAUGAAUGUGAAUAUGCAGUGAAACUAUGACUGCAUUAGAGUACGUACAGGUGUGGGAUCUUCAUUUUAAUCGGGAUUUCACUUGAUUUUCCCGCAGUUUUAGAGUUGACUUUACCCCUACAGAAAAUGAAUCCUUUCACUAAUGAAGUGUCAUUUUGGUAUAUGUAACUCACUUUUCCUGUGGCUGCAAGAAAAGGUGUUUUAGGGAAGUGGCUCACAUUGAGAUCCUACAUCUGUAUGUACAUACAUUAUGUAUAGACUUGAGGAGCUGAGAAGAAAUAACCAAGUAAUUUAGUCUAUGGUGUGAUGGCUAUACAAUGUUGCCAAGUAUACUUCUAGAUUUUUUGAUUUGCUCUCUCAUGUAGUUCAUACCCAGUUUCAUCAGCUCAUGUCCUUGUUCGUCCCAUAUCACGAACCUCGUCUACCCAGAUGUGUCCAUUGUUGUGUCCUGAUAUGUUUUACAUCUCUUUGCGAAAUUUCCAUUGGAAGUUUGUUUGUUUAGGCAGGGCAGGGGGUGACAGAAAAGUCAGUGGUUGGUCGGUCUGUUGUUACAUUCUCUUCUGCCGUUAUGCAAGUCAUGUCGGACAUUGUUUGUCCAGACACGGGAGAUGUCUGUCUCAUCUUGAACAGUGCUGGUUGAAGGUUACUGCAUUUUACUGGCCUCUACUGGUCAUUGUGCAACUUUGCUAGUCUGUGUCUAACGCCUCGGUUAAAGAGGAUUUGCAGUGAAAAACAUUUGUGUUCCUGUUUGUCAGAUGACAAUGUCACACUAUGAGGUUGAAAUACUCUUUUUGGGAUGGAAUGUUUGCCUCCUUGUCAUCACAGUCUGGUGUUAUUAGCAUAUGAAGGCUAUUAACCAUCCUAUCAGCCAAUCAAGGCUGUGUUUGAAAAUAUCUUGACCUUUCUUUCCUGACACCCACAAGAUCAGACUAAGCAUUUUUAGAGCCAAAUGAGGCUCAGGGAAAUAAAUUAUGUAAAAAGUACAUGUUGAGGUUGUUUCUUAAAAUGUGCACUCAAUGAUGCACUCAAUGAUUUAUUAAACAAUGCAUUGACGAUAUAAAAAUGAAGUAACAAAUGAUGCACAGUGUCUUUAAGGAGAGAGUUUAUGACGUAAUGGCUUAUUGAUUAGGGUGUUUUCAUUCUGUAGAUUAGAGUAGAUUUCGUCACAAUCAACACUUAUUCCCCAAGUCUGCCACCUACUGUUAAAUUACACUUGAACUCGAUCUUCCAUUGAUUUUUAGUUGUGUAAACUGUGACCGUCUUGUUGCACAACUGCUGUUUACUGACCUAUGUUGUAAGAUUGUGGUGCAUGGACAUCUAAAUCAUGAUUUUCUACCAUAGAGAGUAUUUAGUGUGAUAUGUUUAACUUUAUCAAUGCAAUAUUCUAGAUUAACUUUAUCAAUGCAAUAUUUUCUUAAUACUACUGUUACUAAAUAAAACUGUUAUUUACACACA